AUGCCUGUCGAAAGUGCGGACGAGAUCCAAUGGCGUGCUGUGAGCCGUGACGUCGUGCAUAUUACCUUCUGCCUCUUGUCACGUAAUCCUUCGCUUUUCUUUAGCGGCAAAUUCCGUGCGGUGUCGUCGAAUGGCACGAGAAACGGUGACGAUCCAUGGCAACGAUCUGCUAACGAUGUCGAAAUGAAUAUGCCGCCGACGUUCCACGUCAACAACCAGGUGCAUCCGCAA